UCGGGUUUCGUAGUUACGUGCGCUCCGGAUUAGUCAGGGAAGCGAGGGAGAGCGAGACGCCGCCAUGCCGUGCCUGGUCGCCCUCCCGCCGGUGGGCCGCCCCGGCCGGUGGCCGCCUUCCGCAUCAGUGCCCCGUCGCGGCCGCACCCUCGCCGCACUCCCUUGCCGCUGCCGCUGCGGCCGGCGGCACCUCCUCGGUGCCUCGUCGGCCGCCGCCCUCCUGCCUCUCCUCACCCCUCCUUCCCCCGCCGCCCCUCCCAUCGACCCCGACGUGAUGCUUGAGCGAGUACACCCGUCGCGGCCGGACUGGUACGAGGAGUUCUAUGCCACGGCCAUGGACCGGGGCAUGAAGUCAUAUGAAGCCGAGAUUGCAGGUUAUAAAGCAAAGCUCUUUUCUCAACUGACGGCUGCAGGAAAGAACAUUCUGGAGCUCGGUGUUGGAACGGGCCCUAACUUCAAGUACUAUGCAAGCGACAGUGGCUUGAGUGUUAUUGGAGUGGAUCCUAACAAACACAUGGAGGACUAUGCCAGGACAGCUGCAGUAUCUGCAGGACUUCCAUCAUCAAGCUUCACUUUCAAAAGAGGGGUUGCUGAAGCUUUGCCAGCAGAGGACAAUUCCAUGGAUGCGGUGAUUGGCACCUUAGUAUUGUGUUCUGUAAAUAACAUUGACAUGGCACUGAGAGAAAUAAAGAGAGUCUUAAAGCCUGGUGGUCUCUUCCUGUUCAUUGAGCACGUUGCUGCACCAGAUGGUUCCUUGCUCCGGUUCGUACAAGGUGCCAUUGAUCCGUUGCAGCAGUUUGUGGCUGACGGAUGCCACCUCACCAGGAGAACUGAAGAAAACAUCAGAGAUGUUGGGUUCUCGAGCCUGAGCCUGGAUAGUGUCCGCCUCUCAAAUGCAUACAUCAUUAGCCCUCACGUUUAUGGCGUAGCCUGCAAGUGAAGUUUUCCUCAAUCUUUGUAGAUAUUUGUUAAUGAUGUAUCUUCCAUCUGUAAAGCUACUAGUGAUAUUUCAAAGGCGAAGGGCGCUGUCAGCAGCAAUGGUUUGUCG